AAGGUAAGCUCUUUGGAGAAUGACUUGAGGCAGGUCUGGAAUUCCAGUGUAGUAUUCGUGUUGUGAUCUUUAGUGAAAGUCUUCGAAAUUUUCAGCUGAACUGUUUACAGCAUCAUCAGCAUUGCAUCGGUUAUACGUUAAUGUUCUUCAUUUCAGUGUGCAUGGAGGGAAUGGGGGGGUCGGUGUAUACAUCAUUAGUGGUGAUUGAAGAUGCUCGAGAUGUCUCUCUCAUGAUCCUCAGAGCUUCUGUGGAGAAAAAAACUGAUUUCCAUGAGAUCCAUGUCAGUUUGAAUGAUGUCACUGACCAGUCUGCCUUUCCCAAAGAAGGUUUGUUUGAACAAAAUGCCAUUUUUAGAACAUUAUAUCUAAAGGAAGUUAAGGCAGUCUUGUGAAUUACACAGAUUCGGGAAUGAUGUGAGGAAUUUCCCUGUUUAGUACAUUUAGAAUUGUCUUUAGUCUUUGGUUUGCUGGGUAAAUCAAAAUCUGGGUAUAAAGUGUGGACAACUUUAUUGUCAGUAGUGCGGACAGAUAUUUAAACUUUUAUGUCAGGGAGAAUUAUUAAGUCAGUUUAUUUAAAUGACCAAAGAAUACUUCUUUUGUCAUGAAUAGUUAUUUCAAAACCUGCGUUUUCUAUAUUUCUCUCUGAACACAUUUCACUGCACAGUAGUCCAGUGUCUCCUUGUCUUCACACUUUUCACUUUGGGUUGGAUUUUCAUAUGUCCAGACAAUCACGUCUCCAGAUGUUAUUCUUGGCGUCAGACCUUUAUAGUAGUUUUUGGAGCUGGUAGAUCUGAGUCAUUGCCAGUCAGUUUUAUUUGUUCCAUGAUGACUCCAGUGGUGACUCUCUGUGUGUUUAGUGUAGAGCUGGAGAAGUAGCUGGCAUUUUUGUUUUUAUUAUCAGUAGAGGUUUAAGAAUUCUCAGGUCAUUGACACUGCAUUAUUGCAUUAAUAAAGAAAAUUAGUAAAGCUAGUUAGGGCUUUUGUAGAGUCUCAAGUCGUUGACUGCAGAAAGAAACUCACGUUUUGGGGUGAGGAUACUUGUGAGAGGGCUUUGUUUGAAGUCUCUAACCCUGAGAUUGGGCCUCAGGGGAUGUCGACCCCUGUGUCAUAACCAGUGCACAUCACAUGACUCCUUCCUUUUUUUUAACCAUGGGACACCCACACACUCACACACAUGCAUACACAUUAAAAACAAUGGAUUGUUGUAGGACUGUAUAUCAUUAACAACUAAGAGAAAAUUCUACUCUUAUCUGGGUCUGUGACUGAACAACAACUAGAUCUAGCUUUCUCACUGGGACAUGGUGGUCCCUGGUGAUGCAAAAACCACUCUGAACCAGGCAGAGCCACUGCCUCAUAGACGGAUAGACAAAAGCACAAUGAAGCUGCUGUGCUGAGUGAAUACAUACGGAUUCAUAGUGGCCAAAACAGGCACUAUCAGUGAAGGAUAAGUGUGAGUGGUGGAUAAGGACAAUAGAGUGGGGGUAGGGUGUUGCGGCCACAUUGAGCUUACAUAAUACGAAUACUGCAAGGAUUACAAAAGAAGCUCUUCAGAACUUCGUCUUUUGGUCAAGAUGACGGAGGGCCGGCAGUGUCAGGUGCUUCUGCUGGAUGACAGACAGCUGGAACUGCUGGUCCAGCCGAAACUGCUGUCUAGAGACCUCUUGGACAUGGUCUCAUCCCAUUUCAGCCUGAAGGAGAAGGAGUAUUUUGGAAUUUCUUACACUGACACGAAUGGUCAGACUAGCUGGCUGCAGCUGAACCGGAGAGUACUAGAGCACAACUUUUCCAAAAAGACUGGACCACUCGAGCUCAAAUUCCAAGUUAGGUUUUACAUUGAGAGUAUCACAUUUUUGAAAGAUACAACCACAGUGGAGCUGUUUUACUGGAACGCAAAGUCUUCUGUCUACAAUGGGACUAUUGAACUGGAGAGUGAAAAUGUUUUUAAGUUAGCUGCUUUCGUGUUGCAGGAGGCAAAAGGGGACUACACAAGUGAUGAAAGUGCAACAUCAGACUUGAAAAAGCUCCCCGUGUUUCCCACAGCUGUUUUAAAGGAGCACCCAUCCCUUGCCUAUUGUGAAGACCGAGUCGUUGAGCAUUACAAAACCCUCAAAGGACUCACCCGAGGAAAGGCCAUCAUACAGUAUCUCUUGUUAGUGGAAGCCUUACCUUCAUAUGGUGUUCAUUAUUAUGAAGUGAAGGACAAGCAAGGGAUUCCGUGGUGGUUAGGAAUUAGCUACAAAGGCGUUGCCCAGUACGACCAGCAAGACAAGCUAAAACCCAGGAAGGUCUUUCACUGGAAGCAGUUAGAGAACUUGUAUUUCCGUGAGAAGAAAUUUGCAGUCGAGGUCAACGACCCUUCCAGGAGAGCAUCAUCCAAGUCCACUUUUGGCCAGUCUGGACAGGCUAUCCACACGUGGUAUGCCAGCCACUCACUGAUCAAAACCAUCUGGGCGAUGGCCAUCAGCCAGCACCAAUUCUACCUGGACUGUAAACAGAGCAAAUCUAAAAUAACCACAUCUAAGAAUUUGGGGGACAUCGCCAUGGACCUUACAGAAAUUGGAGCCUCCAGAGUCAGCAGGAUGGUGAGCGGAGAGAGCAAAGACAAGCUCAUCAUGGCCAGCAAUGGAAGCCUGGCCUCUGCAGGUUCUGCAGAUUCUGAGGUAAAUGAGGAGCUGAAGAAAGAGAAGAUUGCUGAGCUAAAGAAGAAAGAGCAGAGCCUUCAGGAUCUUCUGACUCAGAAACUGACUGAGCUUAAGAAGAUCUGCCUCAGAGAAGCAGAACUGACAGGCAAAUUGCCUAAAGAGUACCCUUUAGCAUCAGGAGAGAAGCCUCCUACCAUAAGAAGACGUGUAGGAGCUGCUUUCAAACUGGAUGAUCUUUUCCCCUAUUAUUCGGACCCUCAGUUAAGGAACUUAGAAAGCCAGUUUGCUCUGCAGCAAAAGAUUGUAGAAGCGGCAAAGAAGCUCGCCAAUGAAACUGAACUCUGUAAAACUGUGAAGAAGAAACGGAGGAGGAACUUUGAAGAUGCUAUGAAGAAGCUUCAAACGAUUGAGAACGAAAUUAAUGACUACAGAGUGAAAAUGGGCAAGACACCUACGCAAAGGGCCUCACUGAUUAUCACUGAUGACAUGAGUACAGCAGAACUCAGCUCACUAUCUGACAGCUUAAAUCUGGACGAUGAUGAGGCAUUUGUAGUGCAACGGCAGCGUUCCCGUUCAGUUCAGUAUUCACCACGGCCUUCAGACAACCUCGGCAUUCCAUAUCCGUCCGAUCGCAGGGCCUCCGAAGAACCGCACAGCUCUGACAGAUUAAACUAUGGCGAAGUCCAAGAACCUUACUCCUACAUCCACCAAGAUACUUUAUCACCGCAUAGUAGCCCCUAUUACACUCCCUCCAGGCAAGCAGGGAACUCGCGCAGCAUGCCUCCCACUCCCCAGCUGACACGCAAUGCCUUCAGCAGCAUCCAGCUCAGGUGUGAGGAGGACGCGCCUGAGCACUUCCGCCAGCGCAGUGGCAGUCUGGAGUCUCAGUCCCUCUUUACCUCAGAGUGUGACGGCCCUGAGCCUGUGUUCACCAUCACCCCUGCUGCCCGACGCAGCAACAGCACUGAGGUACUUGACGAUGUGUCCUCACACACCAGUCAGUCAAGCACAGAGUACUGCGCCCAUUCGCGUGCUCGAAACCGCCAUCGUCGCCAGAGGGACUACGUCUAUGCUAACACAGGCAGCAUGCCCAACCUGGCACAGAACGAGUCUCAGUGCUACACCUAUAAGGCACCGACCAGGCCCACCACAACAGCCUACUACGUCACCGGAUACCCCUGCUAUGCGGAUCCAUACACCAAUGGAAGCUACGCAUAUGAGGAUGAGACAGCGGGCCAUUAUAGCAUAAAUCCUUCAUACCAGACUCUGUCUUACCAUGCACAGGAACAGUACAGUGACUACAGUCACACUGAGAUGGACAGCAUGAGCCAGAAUCCAUAUGCUACACUGAGGCAGGCGAGGAGUCGGCCGCCAUCGAGGAACGAAAACCUAACGAGGAACAUGCAGAAGGCUAUGGUGGCCGAGCACUUACGAGGCUGGUAUAACCGGAACACAGCACACAAGCAGAUGCCGUACGAGUACGAGAGGGAGUCCCAGCAAAGCCAGGCCUACAGGAUGACACCACAUGCUUACGGCUAUAAUGAUCGCAGCACCUCAUACGCCUCAGUUUCUACAGCAUCCAACACAGGGACCUGGCGAGAUCACUUGUCCGUGGGUUUAUCAGAAUACAGCAUGGGCCUUCAUCCACAGCAUGCCUAUAGCUACAAUUCAGUCCAUCACAGUCACCUUCCACAGAGUCGACAUGCCUUCAGUCCACACCCCGCACCCUCCUGGCACUACCCACCUCCUUCCUUCUCACCUAGUGCUUGUUCUUCCUCAUCCUCUUACUUCUCCCUCCCUCCACCUCCUUCUUCCCGCUAUCGGGUGGAGCGGUCGGGCUGUGAUGGCUCCAAAACUGACAUGGUUAAUAAAGCCUCCUUGCUAAAUGUAGCCCUUGAUACCGCCAGCCCCGUCUCCUAGCUCCGCCCCCAGGCCCCAGAGCUCCAUCUCCGUUUGGUAGGAGGAGCCCAGCUCCAGGAACUUUAGACAUGCCUGGUGCUGUUGCCAGUGGUUAUGACCAGGACUAUUAUUACACUCAGUGCUAGUGCAACUUGCAGCACUAAACAAUGUGGUCAUACAUAGAUGUAAACCAAAUGGAUUCACACCUGAGUAGCCCAGUGGACAGUUUUGACUCUGAGGAUCAGACACUUUACUGGCACGAAGACUCCAAGCCUGGAACUAUAGUGUAGGAAAUUAAGAUAACUUUUUCAUGCUUUGUGCCUUUCUCAAAUCCCUGUUUUUACUCCGCGGGUGACGAGUUCAAAGCAUCAGUGUUUUAAGGAAUGUUACCAGGCAAGGACAGUGCACGACGGCGUUCAGCCAGCUCGGAGAGCCCGAGUGCAUUCCCCUUGUAAGAGAACCGAAACAGGCCUUUGGGACCCUCUGGAGAGCAACACAUUUUGAGUGUGUGUGUGUGGUGCUAGCACUUCUGGAGCUUGGCCUGCCCUGAUGAAUGCCUGCUGUGGAAUUUCUUUGGGAUUUGUUAAUAUGGUAAUAGUGAUUGGGCCGAGGAAGGUGCUAUUCGAGCCAAAUAGCCUGGACCAUUCCAUUGCCAUGGAAGGAUAUUACAAUCGUAAAUCCUCUUCAUGGACACAAAGCAAAUAUUAAUAUGAAGGACUAAACUCAGCUGGUUUCUGUUGUGUGUAAAAUCUCCCAUGGACAUUUUGCAGUUUGUUUAAAGAACUUGAAGCAUUAACCUUUAUAUUGCUAUUGAAGUUAACUCUCUUGUAGGGAAAUUAUUUUUUACAAAUAUUUUAUAUAUAAUUAUGCAUAAACAUUGGAUUCACAAGGGCUUUGAAUAUGGCUAUGCAAAAAAAUGGAAGGUCAUUCAGUAUUUUUUUUCUCUUCCCCAGGUUACCCCAGUCCAGCCGGUGUUGCUCUUUUAAUCAUGUAUUUACCUGCUGAAUUAUUUACACUCAUUAUUUAAAAUACAUUGUGUUGCUUUGCCCAUCUGCUAUGUAUCUUAUGAAAAGAGCAGGAAUCUGUAUCAUGGUAUUGACAAGAUAAAGACUACUUUGGAAAGGUGCUUGACAAACACUGACCAGCUACCAGCCAUGUUCCUGAUAGCUUGCCCAUGCCAUGUGUGUGUAAAUCAUGCCCUGGAAUAUUCUACAUUACUUAUUACUAAGCAUUGGAACAUAGCUUCUCUUUAUUCCUUAAAGCCAAAACUUACUUUUUUUUCCCCCAAAUCUGACUGCAUCCAAUAGCAGAAACCAAGGCCUGAUGUUUGACAUCUUUCUCUCUCUCUCUCUCUCUCUCUCUCUCUCUCUCUCUCUCUAGCAGAGAGCUGUUUAUGUAUAUGUAAAUUCUGUAUAGAAUUUAUUUUUUGUCAUUUUUAAAGAGAAUUUUUUUUCUAUGUGCUUUUUUGAGAAAUGUGUAAUAUAUAGUCAUCAGAAAUGUUAAGCUGGUUCUUAGUAAUUUCUAUCAAUGAAAUUUCUUUGAAUUAAAGAACAAUAACCAAACGAAACAAAACGUUUAUCAUUUAAAACAUAGUAAAGAUAAGACAUGUUGCAUGGUGAGUGAUAAAUGAAGCAAAUUGAUUAAAUGGUUUUUGAGUUCUUUAAAAGUCGAAAUGGAUUUAGAGUUCAAGCUCUAAACCUUCGACAGUCUUUAAAUAAGAUUGUAGUAUGAUUUAAUGAAACCUGGGUCUUAAUUAUACUGGUGGCAUUGAGGAGAAAGACUGAUUAGCACAUAGUCAGUUAACUAGAAAUGCAUUGUUUUGUUCUACAACCCAGAUGUGAACAUGUUCUCUCAACGAAGAGAUCUAAUGCCUUGCAUUCUUUCCAGUGUAAGACUACAGACAAAUGCUGUUUUGCUGCAUAUAUAGAAAACCAGAAGAACCUGUAGGAGAGCCGGCACACCCACUCAUUCCUCAUGGGGACCAAAACUAGACCAGCUAUGUUUACAUAGCUCAGUAAGAGAAAAUCACACCUGCAAUACCCAUUUCCAGUGUGUAUGUGUGUGUAUGUAUAAUACUUUGGCUUGAUCGAAGAAUUCACUAUAUAUGAAAAGAAAUGAUCCAGUUUAAGUUCUGUAAAACAUUUGUUAGGCUGCUUCUGACUUUUUAAGUUAAAGUGUAGAUUAGUUUCAAUGUUGUGCUAAUCAAACAUUUCAGAGCCCUCAUAGUUCUCCACACUCUUUCUUGGUCUUUAUUGUUAUACUUCUAAUACGCAACAUCUGAAAGUACUCCAUGUAGACACUUGAAGUACAUUCUACUCCUUCAUCCUAACAGGACAUCCUGAGAAACACUGUAGCAACACAAUACAAGCACAAGCUGGGACAGCAGAUUAUUCUUCUUAAACUCAAGUUUAAACUUGGUUAUACUUUAAGUUUUACAUUUAGCAGUUGUAUCGUAGCCUAGCUUGAACGUCAUCUGCACAGUAUGUAAGUUUGUCACUACGCUCUUUUUUGAAACAAAGUUGCUCAAGAGAUCUAAACAGUCGCCAAGUUGGAAAUUCUGAAUGCAGAUCAGGUUUCAGCUGCUGCCAUUCAUUGCUCUGGUCUGUUAAUAAAAAGCUGUUGUAGCACGAGUGCUCAAGCAGAACAAGAGCAAAGUACAAAUAUUAGAGCUUAGAGUCACCACUUCAUUCUACAGCAGUAUUUACAUUUCACUAAGAUGACUAACUUUACAGACCUUGCUUGAAGGAAAUAUUGUACUGGGAAAGACACUAAGUGCUUCCCCGGGUCACAGUCAUAGAUUUAGUAUUUCCUGUUAAGGUCAGAUCGUGUUUAUGAUUGGCUGGUGACGGUGAUCGCUAUCCAGUUUUGCCGACAUGGUGACUUUUUUUGCUAGAUUUUUGAAGACUUCUUAGACCAUUUCAGCAACUUUAUUUCAAUAUAGAGCUUAGCAGCAGUUCUAUGGAGUGUUUGCGCAGACAUUAGCAACUGUCCUGCACUCGAUACAGCUCUCCAGCUCACAAUCACAGCUGCUGGUUAUACGAGUUGAGAGAGCAGGUUUGGUCGACUCGCCACCAGUGUGUAAAGCCUGACUUGCCCUUUCUUGAGCCGACGUUCCCAAAAAACCAAUCACUGAUCACCAUUGUUUGUCCCACCCAUACCCUACUUUGUUCAUUUGAAACUUUUCUUAGCUGUGCAUACAUUUAUAUUUUGUCAUUUGGCAGACAAUCUUAUGGAAUAAAAAUCCAUAACAUUUUCCUUCAGCUCUGUUUCCCAACACUUCACUCUUCGUUU